UACGACGCAAAGAAGGGAAUCUCAUCGAAAACCCAAUGGCGAAGACCCGGAAAUUCUCCAGCAACUAAGAUUUGGUACAGACGCGUAGUUCCUGUUGAGGUUGUAUCCGAGCUGCAGCCAGUUUCGUUUUCUGUGACAUGGAUGCCCAAGGACGCUUGUUCAUGCGAAAAUAUAUUGGAACGUAAUGCCAUCGCCGGUAGGUGGAAGGAGCUGACGUCACCAGAUUAUCCGCUGCCCUACUGUAACAACAUGCACUGCACCACGAUGGUCACAGCUCCAGCUAGGCAUCACGUAGUGUUGAACAUCACCGACUUCUACACGGAAUCGCACAGCGAUUUCUUGGCACUAUAUGAUGGUCGUGACAUCACUGAAGAACCCAUGGCAUUUGCUGAUGAUAUUGUGAUCGCUUUUAGGUACGUGUUGGACAUAUCGGAGCGGUGGGUUAUA